UGCGUCAACGGAUAUGCCGACCGGAAGUACCGCGAACAGGCGGGAAGUUAAAAGUUUGAGUAUUUCAGAUUUUAAAAUUAUUGCCAUAACCAAGUUAAGAGAGCGUAUUAAAAGAGACGUAUCUCCCACAAGAGCAGUGAAAGUCAAAGGACUAUAAUUGGCCAGGUCGACGUUCAGCUAACGUCGCCAGCUGACACGAGCAGCAGCAGCUAGCUUGUUGUUGUUGUCUGUCAGGAAUCAGGAUGGCGGAUAGAAAUCUGGUGCAGGAGUUGAAGCGUUGGGCGACAGAGGAGUUCAACCUGCCCCCGGAGAGCCUGCCAAAUGACAGCUAUUUUAAAACGCUCUGUGUGGGAACAGGGAAGUCGAUAUGGAAAUAUGUCAUCCAACACAUUUUCCAGCAGAGGAAUGUGAGGAUCAUGCGCGGCAACCUACAGUGGUACAAAGUCCUUCAAGACAAAGAGUUGAAGCAGGCUGAGGGCCAGAGUGAGGCUGCUAAGCAGAGAGAGCUUCAGAGGAAGAUCGAGCAGCUGAGAGCUGAGAUCAGUCACCUGGACUCACAGAUCAGUGGAACAGAGGAACAGUUGGCUACACAAGAGCAGUCUAUCAGUCGUACCUGGGCCCAGGUGGAGGACAGCCAACGCAGAGAGCUGCUUCUCCAGGCCUUCAGGCAGCGCUGCAUCCUGGGCUGCAAGAUGUUAUCUGAUGAUACACAAAAGAUCAGCGGGCACUGCCAGGCACUGGAACAGAUGGCCAGGAAAGCAGAGAUUGAAGUGCUGUUUGAUGAUAAGUCUUCAAGCAGUAGUGAUAGUGACAACCUCAACUCUAAAACCACAGCAGAGGCACAAGUCCUGCGUGAAAUAAGAGAGCUGUGUGAGGACAGGGUCCAGUUCUUUCAGUCUUUACAAGAGAGUGAACUGAAAACGGCGCAAUCUGCAGCCAAACAUAUGACUCGUGAACAGAGGACUGCCAUGUUUCAGUACUGGUUGAGCGCUGUGGAGAACGUGUUGGGUGGUUAUCCUCCAAGCCACGUCCUCUCAGCAUUAAAAUAUUUAGCUUCCAGAGAACAGAAGGAACUAGAGGACAAACUGGCUUCUCUGGAUGUGACCCGGGAUGUGACAGCUCUUCGGUUCUGCUACGACAACAAUCACCUACUGGACGUGUCGGCAGAGGAGGAAAAUGAGUUGCCGCCAGUCAAGACCCUCUUACAGGAUGCUUGGGAAGAGGUGGAACAGAGUUUGGUGGAAUUAGCCCAGACUCGCUCCAGAGUCCAGCAGCUGAAAAACCAGCUGAUGGCCCGCAGGAAGGAGGCUGAUCAGGAGGUGUCUGUUAUUGCAGAUGAGCUCAACAAUGACACCUUGGCAUUGUCUGUGCUAGAUCUGGAGCUCCAGUGUGUGAUGCAGGCAGCAGCCAGAGAUCACAUCAGAGACCGCUGUAUCCAACUGGACCAACAUGCCAGAGGCCGACAGGAAGCUCUCAGAAACCUCCGCAACCAGUGGCAAAGCAUCCUGGACUUCAGACAACUAGUGGUUCUCCGACAGGAGCAGAUAAGAGGUCUAAUUAAGGGGAACUCCACUGCCAAGAUGGAGCUGAUCCAUCUGCACAGAGAGUUACAGGAAUUCGUCCAGGGUAAGCUGGUUCCACAGUUUGGAGAUGUCACCACUGCAGCCAGCAGUCUAAGGAACUCUAUUUCUAAGGAGGCCAGACAAUUUGGAUCGGUUUCGCUUCUUGCUCUGGACCGCAGGACUGCUGAAGGAGCGCAAAGAAUCCCAGCAUCAUGGUUGUCCAUCCAUCGCCUGCAGUCCUCAACCUUCAGCAGCAUGUGUCAGAGCCUGGCAUUCCCUCUGUACAAAGCUCCAGAGGACUUGUGUUUCCAGGCGCGCUCCCAGCAGCUUGAGUUACGCUUUCUCCGUCAGUUACUGCAAUUUCACUCUGCUACUCUGCAGAAAAUACAGAAGGAAGCAGAAACACUGCAUGCAUCUGAUCAAAAAGCCAUGCUGUUUAGAGUCAUGGAAGAGGAUCAGAAGCUUCUGAAGUCUCUGGUACCAAGAGUCAGAAGCCUCACCCAACGAUGUGCACAGGGCCUUUCGUAUGGGGACCAAGUCAAAACUGCCAUCUCUUACUGGUGGGAUCAACCAGCCCAGCAUGUCCUUCCUGAGGUCAAUAAAGGAGGACUGACUUUUCAGCAGUGGCUACAAAGAUGGAAACUAGCUGCCAAAGCCUCUUGAGGGACGCCUCAUAGUUUAAAAAUAUAAAGGAGAUCACUUUCAGCACCUUUCAGUGGCAAAAUGCCCACGCUACAGUCAAGGCCGGGUUACCAACCAGGCCACACUUUGAUCCAUUUUCACUGGUUUCGCAGUUUGAUUAGUUAUAAGUGUAUUAACAAGUUAUUUGCACCACUUAAAUACAGUAUCAAAUAAGAUAAGUAAUUAAUAGCUAAUUAUCUAAUCCUGUCUUCUAGUAAUGCCUAGGGUUGAACUCUGAUACCAUAAUUAUUUUAAAUUGUAUUGUCCUCAAGUGGAGUCUAUUCCCAAAUAAAGUUGUGUGGGAAUUUGGCUGCAGCAGGACACAUAUUCAGAUGGUUGUAGGUGGGGGUAAACAGGGUUCCCCAGCAAAUUUUAGCCCAGGAUCACCUUAUAAGACUAAUCUGGCCAAGGCUACAGUAGUUUGAAAUGCACAAAUAUGCUGUAGUAUAAAUCAGAGAUGCAAUGAUUAGUCCAGUAGCUGAAUGUUUUCAUUAUUGAUUAAUCAUUUCAGUCAUUUUCAAGCAAAAAUACCAUCCAGUUGUUGGUUUCAGCCUCCCAGAUAUGAGAAUGUGCUGCUUCUCUUAGUCUUAGUCUAUAAUAAAUUUAAUAUUUUUUAGGUUUUAGACCAUUGGUCGGACAAAACAAGACAUUAGGUGACGUCGCAUGAUGCUGUUUUUCUAGUGUUUUUUCAUUUUCAAUCCACUGAUGAUUAGAAUUAUCAUUAAUUGCAGCCCAAUUGUAAAGCAGCGGCGGUUAUAGCUUUUUCUAAGCUGUUUAGUCUCAUCAUUACUCCUCUUGAUGUUUUACCCUGUGAGAAUAAAUCAUUUGAAAUCCA